CAUAUUAAGAAAGUGGGAUCGUAUUUUGCAUCUAUUAAAGGUAUCAUAGAUUGUGCAAAGAAGCCACAAUAUAAACCACUAUUCUCUAACAUUAAAGUGAAAAAAGGAAAGCCUGUUAUUAUAGAUAAUCAGCCCAUAUAUUCAUGGAAAAAUAUUAUCAAAAGGUUUAUUGAUGAAGAUGAAGAAGUCGAAGACAAAUAUGAACGUUUCAUGGAUAGGUGUUUGAAAAAACCUGAAGUAAUGGGAAGAAUCCGUAAAGUAUAUACCGACAAUGCCACAAAACAACCACAACUUGAUGAUGACGUUGAAAAAUGUAUAUACUUACAUGCGGAGAUGAACAUUUUGGCCUCCUUAAUUAUCAACAAUAAAAUUACAAGUAGGGUGUUUAUAGCAGUGUCUAAGAGAUGCUGUUACUUGUGCGAACUUUAUAUUAAUUUUGCAAUAAAACAAGGAUAUAAUAUCGUCAUCUCUGGGAAACACCAGAAAUUAUAUGAUGGAUGGAUACUUCCGCAUGUAAAGAAUAGCGACUUCAAGAACAAAUCCCUAAUAUAUAUACUAGAAAAUCUUGAUCGAAUCAUAGAGAAAAAAAUAGAACACUAUACCAGGAGUUUGCCGGCGGAUUCUAACAGUGGUGGAAAUAGUCCAGAUCCACAUGAUGUAGGUGGUAAUAUAUAUAAUAUGGGAUUUAUGAAAAAUUUGACAAUGUAUGUAAGUCAAUAA